AUGGGUGUUUUUGAAGAACCAAAAAUUCGCCUCUCGGACAUUCAGAAACGAAUCAUGCGAGUACGAGACGCUGGAGAUGCGCUAAACAAGAUACCGGUCACCAGGUUGGACAAAACCAAGUUUCGAAUGAUGUAUGCCACCGUUCCGCGGAUUAAGGAGGAAUUCGAGGAACAGCUUUCGAUUGUAAUAAAACAACUCGGGAAACCGGAAAAAGACCAAAAGUCCGAAGAAGAUAUGCAGUUCACCUGA